AUGGCUCUUUCUUUUAUUCUUUCAACUGAUACAGGCCCUAGUGAAUUUAUAUCACUACCUUCAAACAUGAGCUCAACUGGAGGGCAUCAUUCAGAAGAAAGCGACUCUCCCGUUGCUGUUUUGAACUACAUAAGCCAGAUUCUUAUGGAAGAAGGCCUGGAGAGUGCGACCUGCAGGUUCCCUGAUGCUGCUCUUCAAGCUGCUGAAAAACCCUUUUAUGAUGUACUCGGUGAGAAAUAUCCAUCCUUAAUCAAUCAAAUCCCUUCCCAUCAAAAUAGAGUGAGCACAGUGAACAAGUAUAAUUGCUUUUGCAAUUAUUAUGGUUGCAAGAGCAUUGUCCAUGCUAAUAAAGCUAUUGAAUCCAGCUUGAUUUAUGAUCUUUCUCAGCAGAAGUCCUCUUGUGUACUAGCUCCUCCGGCUGAAUUCACCUUCCAGUCCAACUUCCAAUCCAACUCCCUGUCCUGUUUGCAGUCAAUCAGCCUUCCAAGCAACUUUGGAAAUAACAUUAAUGGUUCGGCCCCUCCUCUAUGUACACCCCUAGCUCCAGAACCAGUGGUGGAUGCAGCGGAGAAAGGUAAGAGGGAUCACUCACCAGGUGGAAUGGAAUGGAAAGAAAUGAUCACCAGUACUAUUAUCAACUCGAGUGUCGAGCCAAGAAGCUGGAGAUAUAAGCAUUUGGCACUAAAUAAUGAGGCACCUGAGCGAUCAGAGAUGUUUGAGAAACUACUGCUAUUUAGCAGUACUGAAGAAGGUGAGUUUGAAACCUAUACUCUUGAAGCCUUAAUGCAAAAUGGACGAGGAACGAUGUUACAUCAGGGUGGAAAACAGAUGGGAGCCAGAAAUGGCAGAACUACCGGCAAGAAAGAACGGGCGAAUAAAAGGGAUUUGGUUGACCUGAGGAGUCUCCUCACGCACUGUGCAGAAGCAGUGGGAGGCAACGAUCUCAAGGGAGCAAAUGAACUACUAUUGCAGAUUAGACAUCAUUCUUCUCCUUCCGGUGACGGGUCCCAGAGGCUGGCCCAUUGCUUUGCUAACGCUCUUGAGGCACGCUUGGUUGGCAGUGGAAGCGAGGUAUAUGCAGCACUCGCUGCUAAAAAUAUAUCUUCUCUUUAUAUUUUCCAAGCUUUCAGGUUAUUGCUUUCAGCUUGCCCCUUCAUGAGGAUGUCCACUUUCUUUGCAACCCAAACGAUCAUGAACCUAUCAAAGAAAGCAACUAAGCUCCACAUCAUUCAUUUCGGUAUUCUGUAUGGUUUCCAAUGGCCUGACCUUAUCCAAAAUCUCUCCGAAAGACCUGGUGGGCCUCCCGUGCUGCGCAUUACUGGUAUAGACUUUCCCCAACCUGGUUCCAGGCCAGCAGCGAGGAUUGAGGAAACAGGGCGUCGCUUAGCAAGUUAUUGCGAGAGGUUUAAAGUCCCUUUCGAGUACAAUGCCAUAGCACAGAAAUGGGAAACUAUCCAGUUGGAAGACCUCAAGAUUAACAGAGAUGAGGUGAUAGUCGUCAACUGUUUAUACCAGUUUAGGUACUUGCAGGAUGAGACAGUAGUGUUGAGCAGUCAUCGUGACACUGUUUUGAAGUUGAUUAAGAUGAUAAAACCAGAUGUUUUUAUCCAUGGAAUCGUUAAUGGAUCCUAUAAUGCUCCAUUUUUCACGUCACGGUUCCGGGAGGCACUGCACUACUUUUCUGCAUUAUUCGAUAUGCUUGAUGCCAAUUUACGCCGAGAAGAUCAGGACAGGAUGGUGUUUGAGCAAGAGAUAUAUGGGAAGGAGGUUUUGAACGUCAUAGCGUGUGAAGGAGAAAAGAGGGUUGAAAGGCCGGAGACAUAUAAGCAAUGGCAAGUUCGGAAUCUGAGAGCUGGGUUGAGGCAACUUCCAUUGAACCAGGAGAUCAUGAAGAAAGUGGAGACGCAAGUGAAGCUGUGUUACCACAAGGAUUUCUUAGUGGAUGAAGAUAGGCAUUGGAUGCUACAGGGAUGGAAAGGUCGAAUCCUCUGUGCUCUCUCCUGUUGGAAAACUGCCUAACAUGUUUAUUUAUUUUUUCCUCCUUUCAGGCCGGAUCCUAUUAAUCUAUAUGU